AAGCGCAGAAUAAAGUCCUACGGCAUUUCGGUUCCACCAGCCUCUUGGCCGUGGCACCCCUUGCGACAACCGCGGGCGCUCUAGAGGGACGCGCCAGCUCGGCUCGCUGUCCUCAUGAGCACGCAAAGCACCGCCCGCGUCCCCGGGGCUCUGUGGAAGGGACGGCAGCUCCCGGAGCGCAAGGAGCCGCCCAUCGCGGCCUGCCCCGGCCCGCGGAAGAGAGCAGCAUGCCGGGAGCCGUAGUCUCCGCUCGCCUCCGGCCCGGCGCCGCUCGCCGCUCGCAAGCCCGUGUCUCUGCAUCUUCCGGCCGCCUGCUCCUCCUGCCCUCGGAUGGAGGGCUCCGAGGAGCUGGAGAGCAGCCUCCUGACCCAGCCCUGGUCUUCGGUUUGCUUCGGGGAGUCCACUUUUCUUGCCAAAGUGCUCUUCAGGGAUACUGGCUAUAUCCUGCUGAUCUCUGACCUCAGGGGUGUCUGGUACGAGAGUGCAGAUGCUGAGGCUGUGGGACAAAGGUCCAAGGAGCUGAACAAGCGGCUGACGGUUCACGUGUCCUCCUUCCUGAACCACUUGUGCAACCUGAUGUGCCCCUUGCUGGCAGGGCAGCCAGGUACCACCACUGCCUUCUCCUGCCACCGCUCUCCCGGUGGCCUCAGGCUGCAUGUGAAAAGUGAGCUGUCAGGACUGCCCUUCUACUGGGACUUCCACUGCUGCCCUGCUCCCUUGGAGAUGGUGUUCCGUCACCUCGUGCGGCCUCUGAUUCAGAUGAACCUGGCACUGCAGCACCAGGUGCAAGAGCUGAUUUCCCUGCUGCUCCAGAAGGAUGCUGAGAUUGAAGAUUACAGGGAGAGUGGGGCCACUCUCAGCAGAGACCGCCUGCGGACAGAGCCCUUCCGGGAGGAGGUGUUUCAGCAGAACUUCAUGGCUGAGUUCAGCCCCAACGUCCCCGAGAAGACGCUGGGGGCCAGCGGCCGCUACGAGGGCAAGAUCGCGCGUAACUCGGAGCGCUUCAAGGAGCUGACGCCCAACUACAACCCCGACAUCAUCUUCAAGGACGAGGAGAACACUGGCGCCGACCGGCUCAUGACCCAGCGCUGCAAGGACCGCCUGAACUCCCUGGCCAUCUCUGUCAUGAAUCAGUGGCCAGGGGUGAAGCUGAGGGUGACGGAGGGCUGGGAUGAGGAUGGGCACCACUCAGAAGAGUCCCUACAUUAUGAGGGCCGAGCUGUGGACAUCACGACCUCGGACAGGGACCGCAACAAGUAUGGCAUGCUGGCUCGCCUGGCUGUGGAGGCUGGCUUCGACUGGGUCUACUACGAGUCCAAGGCACACAUCCACUGCUCUGUCAAGUCAGAGCACUCAGCCGCUGCGAAGACGGGGGGCUGCUUUCCCGGGCGGGCACUGGCAACGCUGGAGGACGGUGCCCAGACGCCGCUGUGGGCACUGCGCCCAGGCCAGCGAGUGCUGGCAAUGGACGGGGCAGGCAGGCCCAUCUACAGUGACUUCUUGGCUUUCCUGGACAAGGAGCCCCGUGCCCUCACCACCUUCCACGUCAUUGAGACACAGGAGCCACCCCGGCGCCUGGUCCUGACGCCCACCCACCUGCUCUUCGUGGCAGAGAAUGCCUCGGCGCCCACCACCCACUUCCGUCCCAUCUUUGCCAGCCUUGUGCACCCUGGACAUUUCGUGCUGGUGGUGGCUGAGGGGGGCAGCUUGCAGCCUGCUGAAGUGGUGCGGGUGUGGGACCGGCGAGAUGUGGGAGCCUAUGCCCCGCUGACACGCCAUGGGACGCUGGUGGUGGACGGCGUGGUGGCCUCGUGCUUUGCUCUGGUGCAGGAGCAACAGCUGGCACAGCUGGCCUUCUGGCCACUCCGGCUCUACCACAGUCUGGUGGGGUGGCCAGGGGUGCAGGGGGAUGGUGUGCACUGGUACUCAGGGCUGCUCUACCGCCUGGGCAGGCUGCUCCUGCCCCCUGACAGCUUCCACCCACUGGGGAUAUCCCAGGCGGAGAGCUGAGGGUGCAGCACAGCUCCAGCCAGCACAGCUGGUGGAGGUGGUGGAUGCAGGGUGACUCGCUGGGGACCAGCACCCCCCACCAAAGCUGGGUGCCCAUGGGGAGCUGCCUCCAGCCCUGCCUGCUUGGGGUACAGCCACCUCCUGGUUGGGAGCACCGAAGCUCCAUGGUGUGCCUCCUCCAUGUUCACCACCCCCUCCUCAUCUCCUGUUCCUGGGGACAGGAGGAAGGCAUGAAGGGUUUUCCCCCAGGACAGGGGGUUGCCCCUGGCUGGAUCCACAUGCUGCUAUGUGUGUGUGUGUGUGUGUGUGUGUGUGUGUGUGUGUGUGUGUGUGUAUGCAAUGUGUGUGUGUGUGCCGAAUUAGCUGAUGGAGGUCUGAUAAAUGAGUGGGAGGUGGAAGAGGAGAGAGCUCUGGCUGCUCCACCGGGGCUACCAGCCUGUCUGCACCCAGUGGGGAGGUGUUGGGAGAAGGGCCCAGGGCCCUUUGCUAGGCAGCCUGGGUAGGAAGGAGGGCAAUGCUAUUUCCACCUCUGGGACAUCUGGGAGGAGGGUGACCCAGGUACUGGGACUGUGCCUCAUCCUUAGCCCAGGUGCAGGGAGCCCCCAAAACAAGCAGGGGUGGGAGGUCUAGCACACCUCUGGCAUGAGACCUUCAACUUGGUGACACAAGUGCCACUGGAGUGAUAGACUGGAGAAUGAGGUGCCGACCUCUGCCCAAAGCCAGCACCAGAGGCACCCAGCUGGGCGUCCUGUGGGGCUGCUGUGACAGCAUGGGGUGCUCUGGCUGGCAGGAGGGGCUGUGGAGGCAGGCACAUGGGCAGGAGGAUGCAAAUGCCAGCCAGUCAUAGACACAAUGGUAAGGAUCAGGCACAGAGGCAGAAAACCUUCCCAGCAUCUGGCUUUGAACUGGCCCAGCCCAAAAGCCUUUUCCCCACUCCAAGGCUAAAAACACUCCUCAAGCUUCAGACCCUGUCUGACCUGACCUCCCCAAACCCGCAGUACCCCAAACCCUCAGGGUAAUUCGUUGCUGCUCACUCACUCCUGGGACCUGGGAAGAGUCCCAUCAGAUCUGCAGCCACAGUUCCCCCUCUCCAAAUCCUAGCUAGAUAAGUGGAGGGGAGGGGACUGAGGGAGGCUGUGACCCAUGUCCCCCCUGUAGCAUCACGCGUCUUUAUUUAUUUAUCUGCUCUUUGUAUGUACCAUAGAUGGGAGGCAGUGUGGGCGCAUGCAGGGUGAGAAAGAAGUGCAGGAUGGGGGUGGGAAAUCGUUUGGUUGGGGGGCUGAUUUUUUUUUUUUUAAGAAAAAGCAGAAAUUAUUUAAAGAUUAUUUUAAAGCACAGCUUUUAUGGUGAUUGUUGUCCAGGAUGAAGUGAGGGAGCGUGAGCAUGGCCGCUGGCAGGUGUAUUUUUGUCUCUUCACUGGAUGUACCUCUCCUGGUUGGGGACACAGCCCAAUAAAUCCAUUGUCUCCUCA